GCUGAAUGGCAAAUCAUAUAUAAACUGCAAGACGCUAACGAUCAAGCAGACACAAGUCGAACAGUUAUCAUCCAUAGAGCACUAAUUGCGAACCAAUUCAGCAAAAAUGAAAUUCCUCACAGCCGCUACCUUUGCUGCCGUCUUGGCCUGCGCCUGCGCUGACGUCUCCCAUCUGGGUUACAACUACCCACAACCCGCUGCUAGUGCGCCAUCUAACUCGUACAUUCCACCAGCUGCCGCUGCCCCUGAACCAGUCUAUCAGCCAGCUCCCGCACCAGCAGCUCCAGCAUCAGUCUAUCAACCAGCGCCAUCUGCACCCGCUUCUUCAUACAUCCCACCCGCACCAGCUGCCGCUGCCCCUGAACCAGUCUACCAUCCAGCUCCCGCACCAGCUGCCCCAGCACCAGUUUACCAACCAGCUCCAUCUGCUCCAGCUUCUUCAUACAUCCCACCUGCACCAGCUGCCGCUGCACCAGCACCAGUGUACCAUCCAGCUCCCGCACCAGUUGCCCCAGCGCCAGUAUACCAACCAGCUCCAUCAGCUCCUGCUUCCUCUUACAUCCCACCUGCACCAGCUGCCGCCGAACCUGAGCCAGUCUACCAGCCAGCUCCAGCACCAGCUGCCCCUGCACCAGUCUACCAUCCAGCUCCCGCACCAGCAGCUCCAGCACCAGUUUAUCAACCAGCCCCAUCUGCACCAGCCUCUUCAUACAUCCCACCUGCACCACAACCUGCUGCCUCUGAGGACUACGAGCAGCCUGCUGAGGAUGGUUACAGAUACCGUACCGUUCGUCGUCGUGUCUACAAGCAACUUCAGUCGAACAACUCAACUCAAGCAAAUUCAGUGAAAAUGAAAUUCUUUACCGCUGCCGCCUUCAUCGCCACUUUGGCCUUGGCCUCCGCUGAUGUCUCCCACUUGGGUUAUGGUUACGAUCAACCCGCUGCUAGCGCUCCAGUAAACUCAUACAUUCCACCAGCAGCUAGCGCUCCAGCUCCAGUCUUCUCAGCUCCAGCACCAGCUCCAGUUUACUCAGCUCCAGCACCAGCUCCAGUUUACCAGCCAGCUCCAUCUGCACCAGUCUCUUCUUACAUCCCACCCGCCGCCAAUGCUCCUGAGCCAGCUUACGCUCCAGCUCCAGCUCCAGUCUAUGCUCCACAACCAGCUGCCUCUGAAGUCUAUGAGCAACCCGCUGAAGAUGGUUACAGAUACCGCACUGUCCGUCGUCGCGUCUACAAACACCGUCGUUUCAACCAGUUUAAACGAUUAGCUAACCGUUAUUUCGGAAGCUUAUACUUGAAACGCUUUAAACUGCUACGACCGCUCUUAUUCGAGCAACUCAACUCAAGCAAACUAAGCGAAAAUGCGUACGCUCCAGCCCCCGCUCCAGCUCUUGCACCAGUAUACCAACCCGCACCUUCGGCUCGAGAUUCAUCCUACAUCCCACCUGGACCACAACUGCUCUCUGAAAUCUAUAAGCAACCCGCUCAAGAUGGUUACAGAUACCGCACCAAACUCUUCGCCGCCGCCGCUUUCAUCGCCAUUUUGGCGUUUGCCUCCGCUGAUGUCUCCCAUCUGGGUUAUGGUUACGAACAACCCGCUGCUAGCGCACCAUCGAAUCAAUACAUCCCACCUGCAGCUAAUGCUCCAGAGCCAGCUUAUGCUCCAGCUCCUGCACCUGCUCCAGUGUACCAACCUGCGCCAUCAGCUCCAGUCUCAUCCUACAUUCCACCCGCGGCCAACGCACCUGAACCAGCCUAUGCUCCAGCCCCCGCACCGGCUCCAGCUCCAGUCUACCAACCCGCACCUUCGGCUCCAGUUUCAUCCUACAUUCCACCUGCACCACAACCCGCUGCCUCUGAAGUCUAUGAGCAACCCGCUCAAGAUGGUUACAGAUACCGCACCGUGCGUCGUCGUGUCUACAAACAACGUCGUUUCUAAGCCCGAGACUGAAUUAUAUUGAAGAUUUCAUAUAAAACGUACUAUUGAUUCCGUUAGUGACUAUGAUGAAAUAAAUUAAUUUUUACUGCGUAA